CUAUGUGUCAAGAGUUGUCCAAUUGCUCCAAUUGUGCAAGCAAAUACAGGUGUCAUGCUGUUGAAACCAAGUGCAAGCAGCAUUGAUCUAGAACAAAUCCACAUACAGACGCAUGGACGCCGGUGAAGGUGGUUAGCUGAAGACUUUUGGCAUAUUGAACCAAUGAAGCUCUACCCGAAUGAGAUUCACUUCUCACAUGACUCUAUCUCUCAACGUUUUUCCUGCGGCAGAUUGAUUGAAGACACAUACCGACAACUGCGGGACGGUGACAUUCACGUGUCUGUCAUUCCACGAAUGACGGUGGCUUGGGUUGACGGCAAAUGGUUUGCAUGGAAUGGCAAUCGUCGUUUGUGGACUUUCCGCAUGCUUGCGAAGAAGGGAAAGCUGCGAAAGAUAGCAGUCGAUACCACAGAUGAACCUAUACCCCGGAGACGGUUCACCACGCAGGAUGGUGGAAUAGGUGUUGAGGUUCGGGGACGGAGUGAUUUGAAUUUGUUGGGCCCCCAGUUGUGGGCGCGACUCCGCGAUAAGUCAACGCAACAAUCAUUCGUUGAUUCUGUUGUGGCUGCUGGGCUUGAAUGCUUGGCUCUUCAUCCUUCCGAGUCGGGGUAUUUCUUUUCUACUGAAGGUGGAUCUUGGAAGUAUCGUCAUAUCCCAGAAGAUGCUUCGAGUGCUUUGUCAGAAAGUGAAGCCGAUCCGCAGUAUGUUGCUCUGGGAGACAACGAACGCUUCUUUAUAGAAUUUGAAAACGGGGCACGGGUUUGGCAGGCUGCCAAAGCUUUCGGCAAGGCCGUAAAGAGAGCAGAUGAUGUGUAUGCAGUGGCAUUCGGUCCGGAUGACGGCUGGUGGGUAAAUACUUCGGACGGAUCGUAUUGGGAGGGCUUGCCCAACGCUUUGUCCAAGAAGUUGCGGCGUGCGGACGAAAGUGCUGAAUUUGUAUCUCUAAGCGCAUCAGGUGGCUGGUUUGUGCGUUUCCCUGAGGAAGGUUGGAGCUACAGGGGAAUCGACAGCGUUUGCCACGAGAAAGUGCAGGAGGAAGAAGGCAGAGGCCGAAGUCCAACACGCAUCACCUUUGGUGGGGACGAUGACUGGGUUGUUCAAUUUCACUAACCAAAUCAUCACUCGUCACUCACCUAGAUUCGGCUCCAGCCCUCUCAGGCGAACGCACUUCGGGAAAAGAGCGUGCCAACCUGCACCAAGAGCCUGUCCAUGUUUAUAAACUCUGAGAGUGAGACGAGG